AUGGAAAUCAAACUGUAUGUCCAUCUGCGAGAUGACACGGGUGAUGUUGGAGGCUUCAAGACUUUUACUUUUGGUGCCACGUCGACAGUAGACGAUUUGAUGGGACAAAUCCGUGAUGUCUUUCAUAUCCCUUUGCAACAUCAAGAAGUUUACCUCGUUCGCGCUGGAACUGAAACUAAAAAUGAAACACUGGAACAACUCAAAAGUGGUACUCUGCAAGAAGUAAAAGUGACGAAUAAAAGCAAUAUUUAUGUGAAGCACGCAGAUCUUCCUCAGUAUCUGCAGUACAAAGCAUGUGUUGAGAAUGCAAAGAAGUUGAAGGGGGAAGAACAAACGUCAAAUGCCGAAGAUGCCAUCAAGCUCCACAUGCGAUUGAUGGAAAAGGAGAAAGUGACCAAGUACAAUGUGAAGUGCCAUCACUAUGGGGCUACGAGCGCGCGGCCAAAAGGGAUGCCUCUUCAGAUAAGGGAAUUCUACAUCUACAAACUGCUCGAAUUGAUCGACGUAGGACCGCAUUCUCAAUUCAUUCUUCCAAACAAAUGUGCUGGCAGCAAGACUUCCAUGUACAUCGCAACAAAGUGGAAUGACGAUUUUGUUUCCAUCAAAGAAGAAGAAAAUGUUAGCGUGGAAGUUCUUGUGCAACUUCUCUUGCUUGCCGCGUUUCUCUUUAUUAAUGAUUUAAAUCAAGAUAAUUGCGGUCACUGGAAAGGCACCAAGGACGCGGCAAUCGUUGAUUUUGACCCCAGCACAAAUGAAGUCGAGAAUUUGCUAGUCAGUAGAGAGUACGAUACAAUCAGAGAAGAAGCCCCAAGACUAUCGGUUUCGACUUUGAAUGCCGGUGGAUUUGAGGAAGGAACAUUGCCUCCACCCAAAAUUAUCGUUGAUAUGCGAGAAUUUAACAGUGAAUUGCCAACGAUUUUAUACAAAAAGGGCUAUGAUGUGGUGGCUGCAACACUCGAGGUUGGUGAUUACGUUUUGUCGCCGGGAAUGACCGUUGAAAGAAAAGCUCUCGAUGAUUUGACCCAAUCUUUGCAAAGCGGUCGUGUGUUUAAACAAACUGAACAGAUGCUCAGACAUUAUGGAUCGGCCUUUUUGUUAAUUGAGUCAAACAUGCGUUUUGAGCUAAAAAUCGUCAAUGGAGGGCCAUUUCAGGUUUAC